UAAAUGAGAUAAUUGUAAGUCACUCUUUAUAAGGGUGUCUGCCAAAUGCUGCAAUGUAAUGUAACUGAAAAAACAACCAAAAAAAGGGCAACAAGUCAACAAAUACAUCAAUUGAACAAAGUAAACAGUAUGUCCGAAAGAACUCUGGGAGGUGCUCAUGCAGAUCUGCAUCACUGACGAAUACAGCACUGUGAGAAAAGAGGAAAUGACAGAAUUGAUAAAGCUGAAAGACAGCAGACUGCAAAUAGAGAAUCAGUAGAACUUUCCUUCUUGAGAUAGACAGAGCACAUUUCAAUAGAAGUAAAGGAGUAGAAGUGACGUGACGCUGAAUUUCAUUCCAGGAUGAAGAUCCUCCUCAUCUUCAUCCUCUACCUUAUCUCAGGUCCAGUAGACUGCUCUGAUGUGAUUGGUUACUCAGGAGGAAGUGUCACUAUGAUAUCUAAUAUCAACUGGUACACAAGCAAUAGUAAAUAUAUCUGUAAGGUGAAAGAAAACGACUGCAUCGAUAUAAUACGUGCUGAGACCAAACGCCACCAAACACAAGAAGGAAGAUUUUUUUUGUAUUCAAACACAAAUAACUUAUUCCUAGUACUGAUCAGAAAGCUGAAGCCACAGGAUGCUGGAACAUACAGAUUUGGAUUGGAGAAUCAGAGCAACGCCACUGUGAACCUAAAAGUUGUUAAUGAUUCUUAUUGUGCUGGGACAAAAUUAAAGACCGCUUAUGUUGGGCAGAAUAUCACCAUCACAUGUAACUAUCCAGGGGAGUAUGAAAGAAACAUCAAGUAUGUCACCAAACUGGAUGACGACAUGAAUAUUGCACGAGUUCUCGAUACUGAGACAAAAUUUCAGAACGGCAGAUUCUCCAUUUCUGAUGACAAAAGUGCUAAAGUUCUCAGAGUGAACCUCAGCGAUGUGAGAGAAGCUGAUGGAGUAUUUUAUUUAUUUGGAGUGUGGAACAAAGAUGGGUCAGUCGGAUAUUACUCCUACUGUACAGAGAUUCAGCUGCAUGUAACAGAUACAAUAGGAUUGAGCACAAGCAUUCAACCAACAACAACAACAGGCACCGACAUGACGACCUCAGCAGCACUGACAGAAACUCCAUUUGCAGUGUGUUUCAGUUCCUCUGCCAUCAUCAUCAGUGUGUGUGUCUGUGUGGCUCUGCUGCUGAUUGGAGGAUUUGCACUGAUGAUCUACAAACUGAGACACAAGAGAACACAAGAUUAUACACCUUCAUCCAAGUGUAAAGACAAUAAACCAGUGAGUUACUUCUGAUCAUAACACCGAUUCAGCUAAUUUGUACGAAAAUUUCAGAAUGAGCUCAAUAUGAAUCUGCACCAGGACACAAACCAAUCAGACUGUUGAGCUGUUAUUCUUAAUGUUCUGAGCUGCCUCGUAGUGCCUCAACUCCCAAUGCUGUAGUGUGUCUCUCUUCACCUCUUUAUAGGACUGUAACCUAAAAAAGAAUGCUGAUCAUAAAUCCAUGCCAGUUUGAUCAGGUGCAGUUUCUGGAGGACUGCUAGCCAGUUUCUCUCUCUCUCUCUCUCUCUCUCUCUCUCUCUCUCUCUCUGUCUUUCUCUCUCUCUCUCUCUCUCUCUGUCUCUCUGUCUUUCUCUCUCUCUCUCUGUCUCUCUGUCUCUCUCUCUCUCUAUCACUCUCUCUCUGUCUUUCUCUCUCUCUCUCUAUCGCUUUGUCUCUCUCUAUUUCUCUCUCUGUCUUUCUCUAUCACUCUCUGUCUCUCUCUCUCUAUUGCUGUCUGUCUCUCUGUCUCUCUCUUUCUCUGUGUCUCUCUCUCUUGCUCUCUUUCUCCCUCUCUCUCGUUCUCUGUCUUUCUUUCUCUCUCCCUUGCUCUCCUUCUCUCUCGCACGCGCUCUGUCUCUCUCUCUAUCACUCUCUUUGUUUCUUGUAGUUUUUACAUUUGUUUAGUUAAAUAUAAAGUGAUGAUUGUGAGCAAGGUGUUAUGAAACUUAUUAUCUAUAUAAAUGAAACAUUAUCGAUGUAUAAUGACUGAUACAUGAUAUUAUUAUUAUUAUUAUUAUUAUUAUUAUUAUUAUUAUUAUUGUUGUUGUUGUUGUUGUUGUUGUUGUAAUGAUUACUUAAUUAAUUGUUUCUUAGCUAGUUAUCCAUUUUAUAUCAUGACAUUACUGUGCUUUAUUCUGAUCUGUUAUAGGAGUUACUUUAUUACAGUUUAAAUAUGAACCUAUUUAGUGCUGUGAUCUCGUUCAACACAUGGUACAUUCUGUUUUAAUUACGCUGUUGAGGCUUAAGAAGGAGAGCUAUAUUCGAAAUAACUGUCUAUAUCUAAUUGUGUAUUUCUGUUAUAUGUCAGUGAAAUUCUCUAUAUCAAUAAAAACACACUUCCUGUCCUUUAAACACAGCAGUCAUUUUUCUCAGCACUGUAAGUGGAACCUGUCCCUUCUUAUUUGAUCUAAAUACCUUGUUUUAUCUAAUCUAAAAUGCAUCAAUCAUUCAAAGAGGCAUGGAAGAAGAAAGCAGAGAAAGAGAGAGAGGAAAGGAAGAAAAGGAGCUCCAAGAGAAAGUGACACAAUCAGAGAACCUGGCCCAAAGCAUCCAACCCCCUACUGGGAGUUCAGGAGGAGAGCUGCACGAACAUUCCUGAAGCCUGGUCUCCCCUCUCGGAGGCUCGCCCAGGGAUAUGGGCCUCGGCUCUCUGGAAUAUCUCCCCAACAAUUGG